ACGUGGCUCAACGUGCGCAGGGGCGGGUAGGUUGGGGUCAAGGAGCAAACCCGGCACAAGAUGGCGGCAGUAGCGGCAGUGGCGGCGCGUAGGAGGCGGUCUUGGGCAUGUUUGGUAUUGGCAUAUUUAGGGGUUUGCCUAGGGAUUACCCUUGCUGUGGAUAGAAGCAACUUUAAGACCUGUGAAGAUAGUUCUUUUUGCAAACGGCAGCGAAGCAUUCGGCCAGGCCUUUCUCCUUACCGUGCCUUGCUGGACACUCUGCAGCUUGGUCCUGAUGGUCUCACAGUCCAUCUGAUUCAUGAGGUCACCAAGGUGCUGCUUGUACUGGAGCUCCAGGGGCUGCAAAAGAAUAUGACUCGAAUCAGGAUUGACGAGCUACAGCCCCGGAGGCCCCGAUACCGAGUGCCAGAUGUUUUGGUGGCUGAUCCCCCCACAACUCGGCUUUCAGUCUCUGGCCAUGAUGACAACAGUGUGGAGCUAACAGUGGCUGAGGGCCCCUACAAAAUCAUUUUGACAGCACGACCAUUCCGCCUUGACCUGCUAGAGGAUCGUAGCCUUCUGCUUAGUGUCAAUGCCCGAGGACUCAUGGCCUUUGAACACCAGAGGGCCCCCAGGGUCCCUUUCUCGGAUAAAGUUAGUCUCACGCUCGGUAGCAUAUGGGAUAAGCUCAAGAACCUUUUCUCUAGGCAAGGAUCAAAAGACCCAGCUGAGGGCAAUGGAGCCCAACCUGAGGAAACGCCUGGGGAUGGUGACAAGCCGGAGGAAACCCAGGAGAAGGCAGAGAAAGAUGAGCCAGGAGCCUGGGAGGAGACAUUCAAAACCCAUUCUGACAGCAAGCCUUAUGGCCCCACAUCUGUGGGUUUGGACUUCUCUCUGCCAGGAAUGGAGCAUGUUUAUGGGAUCCCUGAGCAUGCAGACAGCCUGAGACUGAAGGUUACUGAGGGUGGGGAGCCAUAUCGCCUGUACAACUUGGAUGUGUUCCAGUAUGAGCUGGACAACCCCAUGGCUCUGUAUGGAUCUGUGCCUGUGCUCUUGGCACACAAUCCCCAUCGAGACUUGGGCAUCUUCUGGCUCAAUGCUGCUGAGACAUGGGUUGAUAUAUCCUCCAACACUGCUGGGAAGACACUGUUUGGGAAGAUGCUGGAUUAUCUGCAGGGUUCUGGGGAGACCCCACAGACAGACAUUCGGUGGAUGUCAGAGAGUGGCAUCAUUGAUGUUUUCCUGCUGCUUGGGCCUUCAGUCUUUGAUGUCUUCCGGCAAUAUGCUAGUCUCACAGGGACCCAGGCACUGCCCCCGCUCUUCUCCCUUGGCUACCACCAGAGUCGCUGGAACUAUCGGGAUGAGGCUGAUGUUUUAGAAGUGGAUCAGGGUUUUGAUGAUCACAACAUGCCCUGUGAUGUCAUCUGGUUGGACAUUGAACAUGCUGAUGGCAAGCGAUACUUCACUUGGGACCCCAGCCGCUUUCCUCAGCCCCUUAGCAUGCUUAAGCACUUAGCUUCCAAGAGGCGGAAGCUGGUGGCCAUUGUGGAUCCCCACAUCAAGGUGGACUCUGGGUACCGAGUUCAUGAAAUGCUGCGGAACCAGGGGCUGUAUGUUAAAAGCCGGGAUGGCUCUGAUUAUGAGGGCUGGUGCUGGCCAGGCUCAGCUAGUUACCCUGACUUCACUAAUCCUGUGAUGAGGGCCUGGUGGGCUAAUAUGUUCAGCUUUGACAAUUAUGAGGGCUCAGCCCCUAACCUCUAUGUCUGGAAUGACAUGAAUGAGCCAUCUGUAUUCAAUGGUCCUGAGGUCACCAUGCUGAAGGAUGCCCAGCAUUAUGGGGGCUGGGAGCACCGGGACAUCCAUAACAUCUAUGGCUUAUAUGUGCACAUGGCAACUGCUGAUGGGCUAAUACAGCGCUCUGGUGGCAUAGAACGCCCCUUUGUCCUGAGUAGGGCUUUCUUCGCUGGCUCCCAGCGCUUUGGAGCUGUGUGGACGGGGGACAACACUGCUGAGUGGGAUCAUUUGAAGAUCUCUAUCCCUAUGUGUCUUAGCAUGGCACUGGUGGGACUUUCCUUCUGUGGUGCGGAUGUGGGUGGCUUCUUCAAGAACCCAGAGCCAGAGCUGCUUGUGCGCUGGUACCAAAUGGGUGCCUACCAGCCAUUCUUUCGGGCUCAUGCCCACUUGGACACUGGGCGGCGAGAGCCAUGGCUGUUAGCAUCUCAGUACCAAGACGUAAUCCGAGAUGCCUUGGUCCAGCGAUACUCUUUGCUGCCCUUCUGGUAUACCCUCUUCUAUCAGGCUCACCGUGAAGGGUUUCCUGUCAUGAGGCCCCUAUGGAUACAGUAUCCUCAGGACAUGACCACUUUCAGUAUAGAGGAUCAGUUCCUGCUCGGGGAUGCGCUCCUGGUUCACCCUGUAUCAGAUCCUGGUGCCCAUGGUGUGCAAAUCUAUCUGCCUGGCCAAGGAGAGGUGUGGUAUGACAGUCAAAGCUAUCAGAAGCAUCAUGGUCCCCAGACCCUCUACCUGCCUGUAACUUUGAGCAGUAUCCCUGUGUUCCAACGUGGAGGGACCAUCGUGCCUCGGUGGAUGCGUGUACGACGUUCUUCAGAUUGUAUGAAGGAAGACCCUAUCACUCUCUUUGUUGCUCUCAGCCCCCAGGGUACAGCCCAAGGAGAGCUCUUUCUGGAUGAUGGUCACACAUUCAGCUAUCAGACUCGCCAUGAGUUCCUGUUGCGUCGCUUUUCUUUCUCUGGCAACACCCUUGUCUCCAGUUCAGCAGAUCCCAAAGGCCACCUUGAGACACCUAUCUGGAUUGAGAGAGUGGUGAUAAUGGGGGCUGGAAAGCCAGCAGCUGUGGUGCUCCAGACAAAAGGAUCUCCUGAAAAUCACCUGUCCUUCCAGCAUGACCCUGAGACCUCUGUGUUGAUCUUACGUAAACCUGGCGUCAAUGUGGCAUCUGACUGGAGUAUUCACCUGCGAUAACCCAAGGGAUGUGUUCUGAUUUAGGAGGAGCGAUGUGGCGGUGUUGAGAGUUACCUUUUCUUCUGCCUUGGAGUUUGACCAUCCCUAGACUUCACUCUUCUUAACCCAACAACCCAGAUUCUGCCAACAUCUGGGCAGGAUGUCCUUGGGCUCUGAAUUCCUCCUGUAACCUGGCCUUUCCUGUUGUGUGAUACCAAGCUGUUCCCUUCAUUCCCAGUAUCCUGUUGCUCUAAUUGGAGCACACUCAUUUGUGAAAACCUGAGGACGACAGGGUCUUGCCUCUCUCCCUUCCUUAGGUUCCCGACUCUUCCCCAGACCUUAUCCAUUCCUGCCUCUUGUGUGUUGAUGCCAUUUCUUGGAAGAAGAUGAGGGCUGGGAGCUUUAGGUUCCUUUUCUUCUUCCCUUUCUUAUCUCAACUGCCCACCCUUCCUUUCACUCUUUCCCCCUGUCUCUACUCCCCCGAUACACUGGGACCACCUUACUUGGUGAGGGAUGAAUGGGUCAAGAGUGAGUUCCCUGGAGAACAUCCUCUUCCUUCUCAUCUCAACCUUUCUUUCCCCAUUUCUUUCCAGAGCUGCUGCAGUUCUGACAGGGGCAGUUCUACCUCCCCUGUCCCUUGAGGGAGUAACAUUUCCACACGAUUAAGAGGGGAUGGUCAUUAAAUUUCAUUUGCCUCCUCUAGUCCCCUUGGGACACUCAAGAUGGAGAAAUCAGUUGUGGUUUUCACUGAAUCACAGUCACCUGUAUUUAUUGCUGGGAGAAGGCUGAGGGUGGGGGGGAGAUGAUCAUGUAUGUUCAGGGACAGCUGGAAGCCUUGGGAAGGGGAAGGGGAAGGGGGUUGAGGGGUGGACUCAUGAGAAACCAGGGGAAAUAUUUGUGGGAAUUUUUUUUUUUACUUCCUCUGGGUUCCCAACUGUGAAAGGUUUUGAUAAAAGGAGACACAAUUAAAAAGAUAAAUAACUA